AUGAAGUACACAUUCCUCGUCGCCGCCGUCGCCGGCCUCGCCAGUGCGCUCCCGCAGACUCCCAAGCCCUUGACCCGGCGCGGCGGAGCGCGGCCGCUGCACCACUCGGCGCCCAGGAAGAACGACACGGCAUUCGUGGAGUACUCGUCCAACUGGGCCGGCGCGGUGCAGAUCGGAUCGGGCUUCACCACGGUGACGGGGACGAUCACGGUGCCGUCGGUGUACAACGGCAACGGCAACUCGGCGGCGUCGGCGUGGGUCGGCAUCGACGGCGACACGUGCCAGACGGCGAUCCUGCAGACGGGCGUGUCUUUCUACGGCGACGGCACGUACGACGCCUGGUACGAGUGGAUUCCGGACUACUCGUACUCCUUCUCCGGCUUCGGCAUGAGCGCCGGCGACCAGGUGCGCAUGACGGUGCAGGCCACGUCCAAGACGACCGGCGUGGCCACGCUCGAGAACCUGAGCACCGGCCGGAAGGUGUCGCACACCUUCCGCAACACGCCCUCCACCCUGUGCGAGACCAACGCCGAGUGGAUCGUCGAGGACUUCCAGGUCGGUAACAGCCUGAUCCCCUUUGCCGACUUCGGGUCCGUCACCUUCACCAACGCCUACGCCACCACCGCCUCCGGCGGCCGCGUCACCCCGCAGGGCGGCACCAUCAUCGACAUCCGCCAGAGCGGCAGGGUCCUUACCAGCUGCGGCACCAGCGGUUCUGAUCUCACUUGCACUUACACUGGCUAA